CAACUUGCAGCUCAUCCACAGCCGAGCGCCAGUUCACACCCCGACCAGGCAGGCAGAGGAAGGAGCGGAGAGCCGGGGAAAGGACUUCCAGCAUCCACAGCAUCGUUCUCCGCCGCCAGCGAUGGAGAGGGAGGUCAUAUUCUGCCCAAAGUGGCUCAGCGCGCUUUGGUUUCUGCUUUUCGCGGCGCUCUGCCUCUUUCACGCCGCCACGGCUGAGAUAACUUGCAGGUCAUGCCAGCCUGGGAACAAGUGGCGUGCACAGGAAUUACUGCUGAGAUUUGACACGAGUGGGCCCGCAACAGGGCGGAAAGGAGAAGUUUUCGGGGCAGGGAGAACCGGGGCUGCGAUUGGCGAAAGUCGGCGGCUCCGUUGCGCAGCUGGGUCCGCCGAGUGCGCCCGAGAUCCGGCGGAAUAUUCGGACCUGAAACGGAAUACAGACAAGCUGCGCGCAAGUGACAAAAACGGCAAGAAAGUUUCCGAUGUGAGCCGCCACAGAAAGCGCGCCCGGAGGAGCAGCGGAGACGGUAAAGCGCAGAGAGACGAGCCGGAGGAGGGCACCGGAUCCGCGGCUGGACGCAGAGUGACGCGCUCUGAAUUGCGCUGGAGCGGAGAGGAGCGGAGAGCCGCCGGUCCGAGGCAGGAGGAGCUAAAACUUAACAGCUCGACAUUCGCCUUGGCCGGAGACUCUGCUCACAACCAGGCCAUGGUGCACUGGUCCGGCCAGAACAGCAGCGUGAUUCUGAUGCUGACCAAACUGUUUGACUUCAACCUCAACAGUGUGACUGAGAGUUCAUUAUGGAGGUCAACCGACUACGGAGCAACAUACCAGAAGCUGAACGACAAAGUCGGAGCAAAGACAAUACUCAGUUAUCUGUACGUGAGCCCCAACAACAAGAGAAAGGUAAUGUUGCUCUUUUGUCCCGAGGUGGAGAACAGCCUCCUGAUCAGCUCCGACGAAGGCGCCACCUACCAGAAGUACCGGCUGAACUUCUACAUCCUCAGCCUGCUCUUCCACCCCGAGCAGGAGGACUGGAUCCUGGCCUACAGCCACGAACCCAAACUCUACAGUUCGGUGGAGUUUGGCCGAAGGUGGCAGUUGGUUCAUGAGAGAGUCGCCCCGAAUCGCUUCUACUGGUCGAAAAUGGGUUUGGACAAAGAGCCGGGCUUAAUUCACCUGGAAACCAGCAUCUCUGAAGGACAGGCGCUUUAUGUCACCUGCAAGCUACAGAACUGCACAGAUGCCAACAAGGGCAAACCAUUCCCCGGCUACAUUGACCCCAAUUCUCUGGUGGUGCAGGAUGAGUAUGUGUUUGUCCAGGUGUCGACGGCAGGGAGGACAAUCUACUAUGUGUCUGCUAAAAGAGACGUCUUCACCCCUAUGAAGCUGCCGAAGUACACACUGCCAAAGGACCUGCAGGUGAUCAGCACCGACGAGAACCGAGUGGUGGCGGCUGUUCAAGAGUGGAACCAGAACGAAACCUACAACCUUUAUGUGUCCGACACGUCCGGGGUUUUCUACACUCUGGCUCUGGAGAACGUGGUCAGCAGCAUGGGCCUGGAGGGGAACGUCAUGGUGGACCUGUACGAGGUAGCGGGAAUAAAAGGAAUGUUCCUGGCCAACAAGAAGACGGACAACCAGGUGAAGACGCACAUCACCUACAACAGAGGCAGAGACUGGAGGUUACUGGAGGCUCCGAGCAAAGACCUGAGAGGCAACAGCAUCCACUGUGUGCUGCCGUACUGCUCGUUGCAUCUCCAUCUCCACGUGUCUGCGAACCCCUACACAUCCGGAAACAUCGCCAGCAGGGACUCGGCGCCGGGGAUCAUCGUCGCAUCGGGUUCAAUCGGUGCUGAACUGACCACCAGCAACGUGAGCGUGUUCAUCACCUCGGAUGCAGGAAACACGUGGAGACAGAUCUUCGACGAGGAAUACGCAGUGCUGUAUCUCGACCAAGGAGGAGCUUUAGUCGCAAUAAGACACACUCCGCUUCCCAUCCGACACCUGUGGUUGAGCUUUGAUGAAGGACGGCAGUGGAACAAGUACAGCUUCACCAACUCGCCUCUGUUCGUGGACGGCGUGCUGGGAGAGCCGGGCGAGGAGACGCUCAUCAUGACGAUAUUCGGCCACGUCAGCCAUCGCUCUGAGUGGCAGCUGGUGAAAAUAGACUUCAGGUCCAUCUUCAACAGGAGGUGCACCGAGGCGGAUUAUCAGACGUGGCACCUACACAACCAGGGUGAGCCGUGCCUCAUGGGAAUCAAACGGAUCUACAGGAAGCUGAAGCCAACGUCCAGGUGCGUUAUGGGAAAGACGUACUUGGUGACGAUGACUUCGGGCCCCUGCGACUGCACAGAGGCCGACUUUGAAUGUGAUUAUGGCUUCGAGAGACGUACCGAUGGGAAGUGCACGCCGGCCUUCUGGUUCCAUCCGUCAUCCGUGUCCAGGAGCUGCACCACGGGGAUGACUUUCCUCAACAGCACCGGCUACAGAAAAGUGGUUUCGAAUAACUGCACGGCUGGAGUGAGCUCCGAGUACACGGCCAGGAGGCAGCAGUGUCCCGUCCAGGCACCCAGAGGCCUCCACCUGGUCACCAGCGAGGGCACGCUCACGGCCACGCUGGGCGCCAACGUCACCUUCCUGGUGUUUCUGGAGGAGGGCGAUGGUGCGAGGACCAGUAUCACCCUGGACUUUGGCGACGGCCACGCUCUGACUUAUUCCAAUGUAAGCUCCAUCGAGGAUGGCAUCAAGCACAUCUACAAAGCCGUGGGGAUCUACCGGGUGACGGCCACCGGGGAGAACAGCCUCGGCUCGGAGACCGCCACGCUCUACCUGCACGUCACCUGUCAGCUGGAGUAUAUCCAUCUCUCAGCUCCCUUUGUGGCGGUGAGGAAUAAGGAAGUGAACCUGACGGCUGUUCUGUGGCCCAGCCAAGUGGGAACGGUCACCUACAUCUGGUGGAUUGGAAAUAACACCGAGCCGGUCAUCACUCUGGAGGGAAGCGUGGCGUGUACGUUCUCCCGGGAAGGCGUCAGCAGCGUCACCGUGCAGGUGUCAGCAGGGAAUACCAUCCUGCAGGACAGGAAAACCAUCGCCGUCCACGAAUAUUUCCGAUCUCAUCUUCUUGCCUUUUCAUCAAACCUGGAUGAACACAACCCCGACGUGGCGGAGUGGCGUCUGGACGUGAGCCGAGUCAUCAGGAGCUCUCUGAUCCAGGCGACGGGCGUCAGGGAGGAUCAGCUGCUGGUCACCGUCCUUCCUGGUUUACCCACCGCCGCAGAGUUCUUCCUGCUGCCUGACAAGCAGCUGACGGAGGGCAAGCUGGAGAAAAGCGCUGCUCAUUUAGAUCAGCUCUCUGAGGUUCUGCUGAGCGCCUUAAACCAGAACUUGGUCCAGUUCACGUUGCGGCCGGGCGUCCAGGUCACCGUGUACGCCGCUCACCUGUCCGCAGCGCCCCUAGUGGACACCAGCGAGAACCACAGCGGCUCUGCAAUGCUAAUGCUGCUAUCAGUAGUGGUUGUGGGUUUAGCUGUGUUUGUCAUCUACAAAUUCAAGAGGAAGAUCCCAGGCCUCAACGUCUAUGCGCAGAUGCAGAACGAAAAAGAACAAGAAAUGAUGAGUCCAGCUAAUCCCACAGAGGCCACGCCCAGCUCACAGCAGGACUUGGUGCAUUCUUUGGAGAUUCUGGACACAGAGUUUAACUCACGGCCCAUCGGAUGUAUGAAACCUCAUGUACAUGUGAAAUUCUCCACAGAACUCCCCACGUACAUCGUCUGAACACUGGACUCUGAACUCCAGCUGUGUCAUGGAUAUUUUUUUACCAUUCGGGACACAAUGGUUUUGAGCUUUAUACCUGUGCAUGUUGGAUCCUGCUGACACAUACUACUGUGCUCUGUUCAAACCAGAAGAAACUGUGUACAGGUUUUCAGCUUUUCUUUUAACAUUAGUCCGAUAAAUUCGACAUUUUAAAAGUUCCAUUUAUUUAUACGGGACGGAGAGGCGUCACUACGGCAGCAUGAAGUUUAGAAAGAGGGAAAACAUGUAAUUAGCAGCGACGUUUUGGAUUUGCUUACAUAUCUGAGAUUGGUUUGCUGUUCUACCAAGCUAACAGCAGUAGUGUAUUAUUUAUUCAUAUGAAUAUACUUUUAUGAAGUAUGUUAUUGAAGUGAAUUACACAUUUAUUUUGUAAAUCAUGAAUGUCUAUGUUAGAAAUUUGUGUAUUUUAAUAACAAAUGUCAUACUAAAAAGAGAACCUGUUAUAAAAUAUGAAUAGGGUACUUCAAAGCUUUUGGUCCAUUGUCUGUUGGAAAGCUGAUUUAUGGCACAAUAAUACACAUUUUCUACGGAAAUAUUUCUUUUUUUCUGAUUUUAAUUUCUUAACAACACAACAGGGUUUUGUUUUGUUUUUCUGGGUUAAUUUAAACUUUGCUGUUAAUCUAAUGCUUCUGGUACUAUUUAUGAAAAAUACCAGUUUGUAAAAUGUUUUGUGCUUCAGAAAAAAACAAACAAAAAAAACCAACACUUGACGGCUACAGAGGUGCAGCGCUGCACCCUCAGACUGCAAGUGAUCCCCAAGACUCACCUUUUAGAAAUAUAAAGAAGAUACAGCAGGGGAGGUGGUGACAAAGAAAAGCGAUCCAAAGGCAGCAGCUUAUCGAGGCUCAGUUUUAAGGUUGCAAUGAGAUCCUCUGAAUCUAAAGCAGCGAGAAAGAGCCAGACGGAGAGAGGAAGAGGUUCGGGGAGCUUUUUGGGGAUGCAUUAGGAGCACUGUAUCGGACGGAAUAAGAAGAGGUUGACUUCUUGAAUACUUAAUGCAGCCUGUCGAGCUGAAGGCCGGCUAAGGUUGGCGACACAUCCAGGCUAAUGUCCCGGCUCGCUCAUUAAAUGUGGAUGUAGCAGCAGGAGAAACAGAGCGCAGAUGCUAGCAGCCUGCACGGGUGGUUAGCUUGUUGGAGGCCUCCGGUUGUCUAAAUCUGACACAUGGAAACGCUUGAUUGAUGCCUUUCAAAUCUUCUUUCCGGAUUUGUUUUGUUUUUUUUCUUCCACUUUUUACUUUGCAGAGAUGUUGAAAUACAACACAGAGGAAGUUCUCUUUUGGAUUAUCUUCUCUACUUAGGUGUAGGUUUGUAGAAAUAGUUGAUACGUUUACAUUGAGGUGCAACAACCACGGACUGCUUCAUUGUAAUUUAGAGAAAGUUGAGAACCUGCUGAACACUGUGCUAAAGGUUCUAACUGUUCUGAUCAUUCAGGAGAACUAGAAACUACAAAGUGAGGAAAAUGGUGAAUGGAGUUUAAGAGUUACGAACCAAAAACCUGAUGAAGAAACGAGUUUAGGGUUUACCUGCCCAGCUAGAAGAGAAUGUUCCCACAGCAUUGGGUGAGAUAACUGCACAUUCUAAUAAUUUAAGAAAAUGUUUUAUUCAAAUGUACAAAGGAAAAUGUUUUAAUUUUCAGCAGGGCUGAGCGAUAAAUCGAAUUAAUUCGCCUUUUUAAAACCUGACGAUUUGAAAAUUUGCCAAAUCGUAAAAUGGAGGAGAGCUUAAAUAUAUAACAAUACAGAUUCUUUUUCUGCCUUUCACGACUUGUGCACUGGUGUUUGCUUCCGCCUCUCAUCUCCUUCCGCCAAAACACUCACACCGCCGUCAUGGCGGACAGAACAGCAGACGAAGAGUUGGUCGCGAGAAAAGGGCCUCAUGUUACAUCGAUUAUAUGGAAGUGGUUCGGCUUUGACAAGACUCACACAGCAAACUACAGUCAUGUGCAAAGUUUGCGAAAGUACUGUGAAAACGAAGAGUAGCAGCACAACUAACCUCUUUCAGCACCUCCGGCAGAGGCAUCCUAAAGAAUGGGAAAAGUGCUCGCAGCUACGGGAGUGCAGCAUGGCUAGGACUAGUCAUAGCAAACAGACCGCAAAGAAACAACAAAAAUCAAUUAAAAUCGUAAUCGUCCAAGAUGACUAAAAAAUCAAGAUGUUAUUUUUUGGCCAUAUCGCCCAGCCCUAAUUUCCAGUAAUGUUACUGUAAAGUUAAUACAAUGUUUUAGUGUCAACCUUCAGAGGAUGACGUCAAGAAUGCAGAUUACGUUGUCUGAAAUUGAAGGAGGGAUGUUCACAAACCACCAUUCAAAAAAUGUUUUCCAGAUGUUAUCCAGGCCUCAGAUGACAGAAUGUGUUUUAUACCAAAUGUUUCUAAUGUAGCAUUUCUGUGAUGUUUAGAAGGAUAUUCUCAAUACAACAUUCAGAAAAUGUUCUAAAGGUGUUAUCCAGGCCUCAGAUGACAGAAUGUUUUUUUCUAUAUUACAUUUAACUAUGCUCCUGUAAUGUGGUAUAUUAAAGGUAGAACAUUUUGCCUUUUUGUUGAGGUAACACAUAUAGAACGUUCUUUUAUAAAACAUUCUCCCCGUGUUUGAUGAUAACGAGAUAGAAGGUUCUCACGCAAACAUGACAAAAACAUUUUCAAGAAGUCCUCAGAUGACAGAAUGCUCUUUUUAAGACGUUCCUGUACUGCGAUAUAUAUUAACAAAGGUGGAACAUUCUGGUUGCAAUAUUUUGAGGACAUUUUGGGGAUGUUUUCGAAGGAACACAUUAUAGAAUCUAUCAAAUGUUCCCACAACAUUCCACACUGAUGUAAGAUCAUGAAGGAAGAAUGUUUUUAGUGCAACAUUAAACGUUAGGACAUAUUGCUUAGAAUGUCUUUAGUUGCCUUCCUUUAAGAAGAGCAUUCUGAGAACUAAAAGAAAACUGAAAAUUUAGAAUAUUAGAAGAACUUUGCAAAAACCUACUGCCUAUUAUUGUGUAGGUUCCCUUAGUGCUACAGCUCUAGCUGGUAGGACAUUGUUCUUUGUGGAUGUCCUGGCAGCAGAUCCUUUAGGUCCCGUAGAAGUGGUUUCUCCAUAGAUUGGGAUCAACACUUAACUACAGAGUGAGAUCUUAGGAGCGUGAUUGUUCACGCCUUGGGCUCUUGAUCAUAUUCCUCCAGCUGUUCUUGAGCAGUUUUUGUGGUGUACUGGGGUAAAGUAUCCUUUAGGGAACACUACUGCCAUGUAGAGGUGGUCUAGUUUCAUGUAGUUUCCCCCCACGUUUAUCAGUGAGGUUUGACCGUCCAUGACUCUGUCUCUGGUUCACCCGAUCAUUCUUUGGACUUACGGUUACCACACCACGCCAGGCACAGUCUACUACACUUUGUGGUUGCUCUGAUCCAAUCUUCUACCAUCACAGGGCGUUAAAGUCUCUCGGAUCUUCACACUGCACAUUUUUCCUGCUUCCAACAUCAACUUCGAGAACUAAUUUGUCACCUUCUGUUUCAUAUAAUGAGCCUAGAUUUUCUAUUGUAUUCGCUUUAAAUGUCUGUGAUUUCAAUCUUAUGGCUGAUUGGUGCAUAUUAUGCAUACACAGUAAAAUUCAAAGUUAUCCAAAGCUAAUUUAACCAAACAUUCAACACUAACUAAUAUGCUAAGAGAAAUUCAGAGAAUCCAUAUCCCAUUGGUGUCCAGUGGUUGUCAGAUGGCUGCUUCUGGCUCUGGUAGCUAUGUGCUGCAAGUGUUAUCAUGCUCAUAGAGACAAGCAGGAAGCUGGAAGGUCUGACCUGAUUUUUGCAACUUCAAUUUAUUGCCUAGAUUUCUCUUUUCCAUUGUGACACAGACCAGACAGAAGCUGUUUAUGAGCUUCAUUUAUGGUAAACGGAAUGCUGGCAGAUCCUGAUAGUGUGUUCACACAUAGAUAGGAAAGAGACUGAAGUUUGCAGGCAUGCUUGGCAUUAACGCGCACAUUUAUCUCCAACUGGGCAGUUUAUUUUAAACACGAUGCUCCACAACACACAAGCAGUGUGCUUCCUUGCUCUUCUUGUUGUUUUAGCAGAGAAAGCAGCUUUUCUCUCUGUUUUUGGAGGAACUUUUUAGUCGCUGAGGGGAGUAGACACAAGUGCUUCAGUUUAACGAGUGAAUCAAAAUGAGCACGUUGGUUGUUUCCAGGUUGCUGCUCCCUCAUGUCUGAAGACAUUUGCAUCACAGUGAACCUUUGUUAACUUCCCCACUUUCCGCUGUCUCUGGAGUUUCGAGUUGCUGUGGGCUGCACCUGCAUGAAUUUUGAUAGUUUCUAUUGUGUUUUAUCCAUGAACGGGGAAAUAAUGACAUCAAGACAUGGACACAGAGAUGUUUAGAUUCAGCUGUCAUGAAUCUGCUGCAGGAAAAGCGUUUAUAUUUCAGAAGCUGCGUGUAAACAUGGGUUUGGUAACAGUUCAGCUUCAUUUGCAUUGUGGCUGUUCCAUCUGGGAAGAAUCAGCUGUUUAUGUGGUCCCAGUGCGUUGUGUUUACGGAUAAUUUCACAUUCUGGUGCUUGGAUUUUUGACUAUGGAACUUUUAAAUUGGAUUCCUGAUGUUUACAGAUGAAGAGUUUCCUUUUCAGGUUUUGCAAAGUGAGAAUGAGAUAGUUGUAUGUUUUGAAGAUGAAUCCUCGUCUCUCUCUGUCUGGCUCUGACUUCCACAGCUUGAGGUACAGAACAGCAGCCUGUGGCCACAGAAACAGCACUAAUCUUAACUAUAGCCCCAGAGAACAGGGAAUAAAUCCGACCAGAUAAGACGAGGAGGACUGUCAUAAUAGAAGCACCUUUGCGGAUACGUCGAACAGACCACAAGUUGUGAUAACAAGACGGAUCUCCGGCGUCCUGGUCCGGACGAGCCGGGAUGUGACACCCAAAGGAUCAAAUCGUAAACUAGCUUCAAGCUCCACUCUCUCCCUCUCUCUAUCUCCUCCUCCCUCCGCAGAAUUAGCAAGAUUAUUAUUUUUGUAGAGAAAUAUUAAUAAUAAUAAUAAAAAAGAGUUUUAUUACUGUACAGCUUUUGUAUAAGAACAGACGGUAAGGUGUUACAGUGUUUUUGUUCGACCUCAACUGUGCUGUGUGUAAUUGUUUUAUGCAUUUACAAUCAUAUUUAUUAAAUGGAAAGAAGUCUGUUAACUGUGUUCUCAUUUUCUUACAAUAUUUGUAAAGAAAUACUAUGUAUUUGCAAAAGUAAUAAUCAACCUAUAAAGAAAACAAAGCAA